AUGUAUGUUCUGUCUCUUUGCUUGUUUUUAUUAGUCUCCUUGUCCUCCUCUAAUCAUCAUCUCAAACUCCGAAAAAAAAAAUCUAUUCUUUCUGCUCCGAGAAUCUAUCAAUCAUGUCGAGAUUUGCUCUCGCUAUCUCUUGUCUUCUCUUCGUCUCGACCAUUGUUAGAGCAACCGAUGUCAGUUACUGUGAUGAAAACGAACAGUAUGAAGUAAAGGUAAAAGGAGUUGAUAUAUCGCCUGAUCCUAUAGCUCGUGGCGAGCCAGCCACCUUCAGUAUCUCUGCUAACACAGACAAUGUGAUCUCAAAAGGAAAGCUGGUGAUCGAAGUUUCAUAUUUUGGGUGGCAUAUUCAUUCUGAGACACAUGAUCUUUGUGAUGAGACAACAUGUCCAGUGGCAGUUGGAGAUUUCUUGGUAGCACACUCGCAAGUUCUACCUGGUUAUACUCCUCCUGGUUCAUACUCGCUUAAGAUGAAGAUGCUUGAUGGACACAAGAAGGAGCUAACAUGCAUCAAAUUCUCAUUCAUGAUUGGAUUGGGAUCAUCAUCAUCCGUGGCCGACAUGUAGAGCUAUUUUGCUCGCUGGGAUAUACCCAUGCGAUCACUCCAUUUGCUUUGUAUAAAAAAAGAAAAACAACAUUUCUCUUUACCAACAUUGUUGAUCAAAAAUCAUUUGAAAUUUUCUCAA